AUGAUGUUUACCAAAUCCUCCAUCGCAGCAGCCUUCAUGCUAGCCACAGGCGUCACCGCAACCCUCGACCCCGCAACCUCCAACACAAACGGCAGCUACCCGUCAGCCCCAUCCUGCUCCCCCAUCAAAACAAGCAAAGCCAUCCAAGCCGCAGAAUGCAGCCACAACACCCGCACGUCCGGCCAGACCUUUGCCGUCUUCACCCAAGACCACCAGUACGACGGUAACCACGGGUGGCCGUACGGCACGUGUGAAGCGUACAACUGCGCGCCGGGGCAGAAGAUGGGUAAGAAAGCGGGGACUUGGACGUUCUUCUGGGCGAAGGCGGGGGUUGAGGGAGAGGAGGAGGGAGAUGGCGCGGGGUGCAUUAAGAGUCCGAAGGAUGGGAGUUGUGGGUGUGAGAACUCGGAUGGUACGUUCGUUUACAAGGGGACGAACUGCAAGUAG